UGGAGCUGUGGUCGGAUGCCUGAGGAGAGCGUGAUUGAGGAGAGGACGGACGUCACUGUGUCUGACCGGAAUUAACCCGGGAGCAAAGGAGUGGAGGCGGAGCCGCAAAGCAGCGCUGUCAGCGGCGGCAUAGACAUAUCAGUGUAAGCCACCAGUAUUAAGGGAAGAGACGCGGGGAGGAGCGAGACAGCGAGACGAGACUCCAGGGAGGAGCUAUACCGUUGGGCAGCCAAGGUCUCCGUGUGACGGAUGAGCGGCCGAGGUCCUCUGGAGAGGGGAGCUGGGAUGUAGCAGCCUCCUGAGAAGGGAGAUAUCAUACCGCUGCCUCCGCUGUACUUAAACAUACAAUUAUACUUACCGUCGAAGGGUUCAGCAGGACGUGACUGACCUGGAAAAGAAGAGGAAGAAACAUACAAUUAUACUUACCGUCGAAGGGUUCAGCAGGACGUGACUGACCUGGAAAAGAAGAGGAAGAGUCUAUUGGAUGUAAGCUGAAGCGAUGGAUGAGGACAAUAACCAGGAAGAGGAGAAACAUUGUUCUGUUAAUCUUGAUAAUCUUCUUGAGGAUUAUUCAGAGAUUGAGAAGAAAUUUGCUGAGGUUAAUGGAAAGAAUAACCUGCUUGAGAUACAGCUAGAAAAAUCCCGGCGAAUGUGGAUUAUUAGUCAGACGAAACAACAGAGCUCUGCAAAAGAAUGUACAGCGUUACAGGAGGUCAUUAAGGGUCUGCAGGAAGCAAUGGAAUUACAGUGUAACAUGAGAGAUGAGAACUUUAGCCUGAAGAAGAAUAUAAAUGUAUUAGAAAUAAAACUUCAAGAUACCACCAAGGAAUAUAAGAAAAAGAUUGAUAUACUAAUAAAUGACAUGAGAGUCAAGGAGGAAGACUACAAGGCACAGAUUAAGAAGUUCCAGUGUGACAUGGAGGCAAAGCUAUUGCUUAAAGAAGAAGAAACAAAUAACCUGAUGUCUAAAAAGGACAUAGAAAUAUCGGAUCUAACAAAACAACUGCGGACUCAAGAAAAAGAAAAGCACUGUGAGAUGAUCAAACAGCAAAUAGAGUUUAAUGCAAAGUUGGCAAAAAUCCAGAGCAGAAAUACAAAAUCGCACCCAGAUGCAAAUACUUUAUCUCAGAAUAUCUACAGAAUGAAACUUCAACAUUUGCAGGAAGAAAAGAACAAGGAGAUUGAAAUUCUCCGCAACACAAUUAAGGAUUUAGAGAGACGGCUCGGCGGUGGUUUAGAUUCCCGUCUGAAGAGGAGGCGUUUCUAAGGACUGUCGUGCAGAUAAACAAUACUGACCAGCACACAUACAGUAUGUAAAGUGGCAUCGCUAGUGUGGGUGUCACCCCCAGUCCUGGACUUCUUGUGCACGCCGAAGUUGUGUGCAUCUGCGGAUGUGACUUCGUGUCUGCGAAGCCAAUCUCCUUGUGUAUGACAUUCUGGCGUGUCACGCCCUCAUUUUUGUCAUACUGUGGGCUUAAUCAGCUGUUGGGCAACUACCCACUUCUCCUUGCUGCUUGGUGACGCCAUCCAAGGGCGUGACACCAAAAUAGCAGAGCAGCUCUGUUUUGGUGUCACCCCCUCAGAUGGUGUCAUCCAAUGUGGGCCGCACCCCCCUAGUGAUGCCACUGCAUAUGUAUAUCUGAAAGGUUUGCCCCAUGGAAGACCCUUAGAAUGCAUUUACAAGUAGAACGCCUAUAUUUAUCAUUUUAUAAUGACAACCUGUACAGUUGCUUAGCACCAUACCUGUGACUUCCAUAGUAUGAGAAAUACACAGAAUCCUUUAUAGCGUUGACAGUGGAUCUGAUUCAAAGGCCAGGAAUGGCAAGAGGAAGGGGAGUGGGUUAUAGAUAACCUGGUGCUCUGUAGGGGACUGUGAAUGUACGGGAAGCAUAACAAUGCCCCCUGGUGUAUGCACUGGGGAAGGGGAUACGGUCAUUAGGUCGACCACACUUAGGUCGACAGUCAUUAGGUCGACAUGCCGUUUUCAGUGUUUUUCUUUAACUUUUUCAUACUGUACGAUCCACGUGGACUACUAUUGGGAAUAGUAACCUGUGCCGAGUGCAGCGGGGGACACGGUGCACUAAUAGGGGUUCCUCGUCACUUUACGAAGAAAACUACACCAAAAAAAGUUAAAAAAACUCAUGUCGACCUAAUGACCACGUCGAGCUAGUGACCAAGUCGGCCUAAUGCAUGUUGACUAACAGUGGUCGACCUAAUGACCCAUACCCCUGGGGUAGGGUCAGGGCAACGCCUGCCGUAGCUGCUCCUAGGCCAAAGUCUCCUAAGCCCUGUCUAUGGCUGCCAUGGGUACCCCAGCUGUGAAAACAAGGAUAGAAUAUCUAGAACUGCCGUAGUCCUGGGUUUGGCAUGGCGCAGAGGUAAUGGUUCUAAGCUCAUCAUUCAGGAAAGAAAUAAGUGCAGAAUUCAGGCGUCUUGCAUUGAAGUUAGCAUUAUUUCUCUUCCCCCUUUACGAGUACUUACUGUAUAAACACAGGACAAGGACACCAAAGUAUAUUGAAACUUUUAUUGUGCUUAUUUUGAGAUGCUAAACAUUUCCAUCCGUCCACUGACACUUGCAACAUUCCUGCUUCACAGCAGUGCUAUAAAAGUUAGUUCAGGUUGACUAGGAGUUGAUUUCCCUAUAAACCUUCAUUGAUUCACAACGUCUGCUGUUACAACAAGAGACUGAACAAACCUGCUAAUAUCUCAAAACAUAUAGUAUUUAGAAUGUGAAAUAGGUACAGUAACAAACUAACAAAAAAGUAAUGUUAAUAUUCAACUUCUGCACAAGAACAGUAGUUACACUAAGAAUUAAAAACAUGUUGGGGUUAUAUUAAAGAAGCAACUUCUCGUCAGGUUUGAGCUCAAAAUUUAAAACGGCAAUAAUGUUAAAUACAAAACACGGCAGGAAUUGCACCUAGUGCUGCUUUAAAUUUUGAGCUCAAACCUGGCGAGAAGAGGCGUCUUGCAAAAAUCUACAGCAUUGUUAAUAUACCCCGUUGUUGUCAAUAGAUUUUUGGUUAGUUACAAAGUUAGAGCAAAGAAGCAGUGUUCCCUGGAGUGCUGAAACUAACGUUGACUACGAAAAUAAAGGUUUCUAAAAAAAAAAAUAACGAGAUGAAGUACGGGUAAAAAGCUGGAUCUCUUCUCUAGUUCCCUAUCCUGUUAUGACUGCGAGUAUCAAACAGAAGCCCCUAUUUUGUAGUUUUUGCUCCGGCCUUCAUUAAUGCAACCACAAUUCAAAGAGGUGAACGAGAGAGGCAAAAUACUUGAGCUGCAUUCACGUGUUGUAGGAUGGUAAGGGGC